ACUUAGAAACUGCAGUUGAUUUCGAGUCGGACCGUAGACAACACAACCACGUUACUGAAUCGACAGAAGAGAAAAGAGUAAAAAUGUAGAGUGUGAUAGGAAACUAAAAUUGUGGCGGUAUCUUAUUGGAAAGACUCAGAGAUCCUGUGUGUGAGAGUGCUGUUUUAAGGUUUUACAGGUGUGUUAUUGGAGUUUACGUUUGGACAGGUAGUCGGCUCAGCGUGUUGCCGUAUAUUUACUGUGUAAUGGUAAGGUAUGCAAUUAGUCCUUUUGUCUCCCGCGGAGAAAAUGGUUCCUGGAUUUGAAAGGGUAUCUAUUUUAACAUUUAGGGUCUUAUGAACUUUCGACAAUUUUGUUGAGCUGUUUUUGAAAUUGCGAUAAUUUACAAGCAUGUCGCGCUGAAUAAAGGGAAUGAGUCCAGGCCAUCGCUCACUAUGGCUUCGCAAUGUAUGAAGGACUGAAAAGAAGGUAUUUUAACAUUUUUAGAAGAAAGGAAGGCAUUUGAUCAUGCUCAUACAUUAAAAUGAAACCUUGGAAUAACAACCUUUUGUUGCUGCUACUGAGCUUAGUAGCAGCAGUACGAAGUCAAGUGGAAGUGACACUCAAGUUUGAUGUCAUAGAAGAACAGGCUCCACUAACUUAUGUAGGACAGAUCAAUGUGACCGCUUACCCCCCACCUUACACUUUGUUGCAAUCUUCAGAUGACAUCAGUCUAGAUAUCCAGUCUGGACUUAUCCGCACUGCCCGCAAGUUAGACAGGGAGACCAAGUCAAGCUAUGAAAUUGUGAUACUUUCUAUGCACUCUAAUGGAAUGACAACCAUUCAGAUUAAGAUAAAUGUCAUUGACACAAAUGACAAUGUGCCAUAUUUUCCGAGUGGCAGCAAAUCCCUGUCCCUCUCAGAAAUGUCACCAAAUGGAAGCAAAGUCCACAUCGGUAGUGUGAAAGAUCGGGAUAUUGGGAUCAACUCAGUCCAAAAUACUGCGACCAUCAUCAGUGGAAAUCAAGACAAUAUGUUCAAACUGGAAUCCAGAUUGCCAUCUGCAACGCUGUAUUUGGACUUGGUGUUAAAUGGAAAGUUAGAUUAUGACAGUGGUGUAAAAGAGUAUAGUUUGAUCAUUCAAGUGAGUGAUGGGGGAGUUCCUAGACACACAGCGAAUGUUUUGGUAAAUGUGAGUGUUAUAGAUGCCAAUGAUAAUGCUCCGGAAUUCACACACACAAAAUACUCUACAGUUGUACCCGAAAGUAUUCAGAUUGGGACUAGUAUUGUUAAGGUUAGUGCUACAGACAUCGAUUCUGGUGAAAACGGGAAAAUUACUUAUUUACUGGAUCGCCAGCGAGAUCCAGAGGAACAUUUCAUCAUUGAACAAAAUACGGGUAUCAUUAGAAUCAACAAACAAGUGGACUACGAACGACAAAAACAUUACGAGUUAUCUGUGAUUGCAAGAGACAACGGUUCCCAAACAUUAGAAUCAAAUGCAGUUGUAGAAGUUAAUAUCACAAACGUAAAUGAGCAACCAGCAAACAUUAACCUUGUUUACCUAAUAAAAGACAACAAAACAUUUGAAAACGCAACAGUGGGGGACUACAUCGCUCGCAUCUCUGUCAGUGACCCAGACUCCCCAAAUAAUUACUAUGCCAAUGUUAAUGUUACGCUGCAGGGAGACAUGGGAUAUUUCGGCCUUGUGACAGAUGACAGGGUGGUGUAUCGCAUCAAGAUCUUAAAACCCCUGGAUAGAGAAAGCUACGCUAAUUACAACCUGACAAUUACAGCCGAAGACUCAGGCCCAAGUGGACCACCCUUGUAUGCAAGUAAAUCUUUCACACUGAUUGUAGAAGAUGUGAAUGACAAUGCUCCAAAGUUUACAAAAACAAUUUACUCAGCAUCAGUUCCUGAACAGGCACCUGCUGGUUCAACUGUUGUCAAGGUUACAGCCAGUGACCCUGACCUGGGAGAAAAUGCUCGUAUCACUUAUAGCAUAAUAUCCAAUCCUUCAUCCGAUGCAGAUUGGUUUCAAAUUGAUAGUUCUACUGGGUUGAUCACCACUAAGAGUAGUUCAAACAUUGACUGUGAGCACAAUUCAAACCCCUGGAUUACUGUGAUUGCAACGGAUCAUGGAAGUCCACCGCAGUCAUCCACCGCCACUGUCAGCAUCGCCAUUGACGACGUCAACGACCUUGAACCUGUCUUUGAGAGGUCGUACUAUGAAGGCAGAGUUGCUGAAAAUGUAGCUGUGGGUUCCUGCAUCUUGACGGUGUCUGCCAAUGAUCCAGACUGCCAGGGUAGAACCCAGAAUUUGAUCCAGUAUCGUCUAGACAAUACCUCGGUCUCCCAGAAUUUCAAUGUGAACGCCACCAGUGGACAAAUCUGUGUCAGACAAGCUCUUGAUUUUGAGACCAAACAAAGCCAUGAGUUCACAGUUUUUGCAAGAGAUGCUGGUAACCUGGAGAGUAGUGCCGUGGUGAAGGUCAGCCUUACUGAUGUCAAUGACAAUCACCCCGAGUUUUACCCCCAGAAUUACAGCAUCAACGUGGAUCUCUCGGAGGCCCAGGCGGGGACCACCAUAGUGAGGGUUCAGGCUCAGGACCCAGACAGCGGGAGUUAUGGGAGUGUUCAGUACAGUAUUACUGCAGGCAAUGACAGGGGCUACUUCAGUAUCACAACCAAUUCAGGUCGUAUCUAUCUGGCUUCCUCCCUGCCCUCAGAAGAAAAGAUGUACACCUUGGAGGUCACAGGGACAGAUGAUGGGGGUCUGACGUCUAAAAUCCCUGCCCACGUGUAUGUCAGUAUCACUGGACAGAACUCCCACCCCCCUGUGUUUGGUAAUCUGACCUAUAGCUUCUCUGUACCAGAGGACACUGUCCAUGGAACCACUGUGGGGACUAUACAUGCAACAGUUCAACCUAUCAAUGGAGUAACUCCAGUGGUGAAGUACUCGAUUGCCUCUGGUGAUAAGACAGGACUGUUUGCCAUCAAUGACAGGACAGGAGUGAUAUCCAGCACCAAGUCCCUGGACCAUGAGACUCAGCCAUUUGUCCUCCUCAGCAUUCGGGCGGAGGCUGGGGACCCACCCGUGUUUGGCACAGCUCAGGUGAACAUCACAGUAUCCGAUGUAAAUGACAACAGUCCACAGUUCCAGACAAACUCCCUACAGAUCCCUGUGUGGGAGGAUGAGGAUCUCUCUACCACUCUGUACACAGCCCACGCCACCGAUCCAGACAGCGGUGAGAACGGGACUGUAUUUUACAGCUUGCAGGGAGACUCCUCCAACACGUUUAGGAUCAACCCAACCUCAGGGGAAAUCACUCUACAGAAGGCCCUGGAUUACGAACAAGUUGUAAUGUACCAUUUACAUGUAGAGGCUAGUGAUCAAGGAAAAGCUCCUCGCACAUCUACUCUGAAUCUGACCAUUAAAGUGCUGAAUGUGAAUGACAACUCUCCAGUGUUCUCAGCCAGCCAAUAUGUCUUCAAUGUAAGUGAAUCAGCUGCUGUCCAGUCCAACAUUGACAGAAUACAGGCUACAGAUCUAGAUGGUGACAUCGUAUCAUAUUCUUUGAGAGACUCAAUGUACCAAAACUUGUUUGGAAUAGACUCUUCAACUGGAUACAUCUUCCUCAAACAGGAACUCAAUCGGGAGGAGAAAGACAGCUACAUUUUAACUGUCAUUGCUAGGGACAAUGGGAAGGGAUACCGGUCCACAGCUGUCCAAGUCACGAUCAAUGUGAUAGAUGCCAAUGACCACAGUCCAGUCUUCAAACAGUCUUUCUUUACAUUCUAUAUUCUGGAGAAUAUGGCUGCUAACACUUUAGUGGGACAGACCACUGCCACAGACAAAGACACAGGGGACAAUGCUUAUCUCCUGUAUCAGUUUGAGCAGCCAGAGCCCCACCUGAGGAUCGACCCUGUGUCUGGUGUGAUCACCAUUGCCAGCUCUCUGGACAGAGAAGACAAAGACCUCUAUAACCUCACUGUAAUAGCUAGUGAUCAUGGAGAUCCCAAAAAGUAUGACUAUGCUAAUGUCAAGAUUUUAGUUGGAGACUUGAAUGACAACAGCCCCACUUUUCUGAAUAGUCAACCCAUAGAGGCUUUAGUCAGUGAAAAUGAACCCAAAGGAACGUCGGUCCUUAAUAUUUCGGCUAAGGAUGAUGAUGCUUUGGAGAAUGGAACAAUAUCAUUUUCUCUUACAGCAGAUGGUGAUGCAGAGGCCCUUAAAUAUUUUGCCAUACACCCAAAGUCUGGUCUGAUAACAACAUUGGAGGUUCUUGAUUAUGAGAAGAAGAACAGAUAUGUAAUGGGAGUAGUUGCUGAAGAUCAUGGGAAUCCAGCAAGGAGCACCUCUUCAUCCCUUGUCAUUAAUGUUAAAGAUGAAAAUGAUGGCAAACCAAUCUUUUCUUCACAAAAUGUUACCAUAAAAGUGGUAGAAAAUAUCAAAACUGGGUCUAUUGUGGGUAGAGUGGAGGCGAAGGACUGGGAUUCUGGAGAAAAUGGUCGUAUUUCCUACUCCAUCAUUGGAGGAAAUGUGUUUGAUGUAUUUGCUGUGAAUGUUUCCACUGGGGAUAUUUACUGUAUCAGGAAUGUGGAUUAUGAGGAGGCCUCCUCUCACUCCCUGGCAGUCAAGGCAGUGGAUAACUCUCCCUACAUUCCAAAGAGUAGCACAAUCAGUGUGGAGAUAGAAGUGGAGGACACCAAUGAUAAUCCACCGGUGUUUGACAAAGACCCUGUCCUCCUCCACAGGAAGGAGAACCUGCCUAUAGGAUACACAGUUUACACAUUCACUGCCACUGACAAGGAUUCCGGGCUGAACGGAACAAUCCGCUACAGUAUCCAAAGUCAGACACCAGACAAGUCCUUGUUUACCAUUGAUCCGCAGACUGGAGAUCUAAAAGUAGCAGCCAUGUUGGAUUAUGAGGUUGUCAAGCAGGUGUCCUUGGUGAUUCAGGCUGAGGACCGGUGUCAUGUGGGAUGUGUACAGAAAGCGACAGUUACCGCUUGGCUCUAUGUGAUUGAUGUAAAUGACAACAAUCCUGUGUUUAAAGGAAAUUCCUCUUACUCUGUGUUUGAGAAUGAGACAGUGGGUCCCACUGGUUAUCCUGUGACACAUAUAAUUGCCACAGAUGCUGACAGUAAUGUGGAUAACAGUGGUAAUGGAGUCUUAGCCUUCAGUAUCAUUGGAGGCAAUGAUGAGGGGCACUUUGCCAUUGAUAGAUCUUCAGGAUUGUUGGUGAUCCAGCAAACUUUAGACAGGGAGACAACUCCAUCCUACACCCUGACCAUUCAGGUCCAGGAUCAGGGGACGCCCCAGCGGUCAGCCGUCAAACAGAUCAGCGUCCACGUCCUGGACAUCAAUGACCACGCCCCCCAGUUCAGUCAGUCCACCUACACUGUCAGUAUCCCAGAGAACUCCUCACCACAGCAGAACGUCCUCCAGCUAACAGCUACAGACCUAGACAUUGGGGAAAAUGGCCGCCUCUCCUUCUACCUGCCUCCUGGAGUUGCAGACGACAAGUUCCAGCUGAACCCGACCACAGGUCAACUGAGUACAACGGCUAGUCUGGACAGGGAAGAGCAGGCCCAGUAUGUCCUCACAGCCUAUGUGCGUGACUUUGGAUACCCAGAAAAGUACAGCACCACUAGAAUUGUUGUGGAUGUAACUGACGUCAACGACAAUGUCCCAGUUUUUGUCAAAAGUGAAGUGAGUUUGUCUAUCCCGGAAAAUACCAAACAGGAGGCCAUCCAUCAAUUAGUCGCAAAAGACGCAGACGCAGGUGACAAUGCCAGACUGUCCUACGCAAUCAUUGGUGGCAAUAUUGGCGGAGCUUUCACUAUUGACCCAGAAACAGGUGAACUGUCCUGUAAAGCACUGGACAGAGAAACCAUAGCAUCUUAUAACCUAACCAUUAGAGCUAGUGACCAUGGCAGUCCACAAAGAAACACUAUGUGUCAAGUCCAUGUCAAAGUUUUAGACAAGAAUGACAACUUCCCAGAAUUCUCUGCCCUAGAGUAUGCUCACACCAUCAAAGAAAAUGUGGCACUGGGUACAUUCGUACUUCAGGUGGCAGCUAGUGACAUUGAUGAGGGUGAGAAUGCUCGCAUCACUUACUCUCUGGGUAAUGACACAGAUGGCUUCUUCCAAGUAGACAGUCAGUCAGGAAACAUUACUACAAAUGGCCUGUUUGAUUAUGAGAAGAAGACAUCUUAUGUUUUCUAUGUGGUUGCUAAGGAUGGAGGUCAAAAGGACAUCAAAAAUAAAACGGUUCAAGUCCGCAUCAACCUUAGUGAUGUCAAUGACAAUGCCCCCAUCUUUAAGGAGAUGGCCUACCGCAAAAAUGUGUCAAUCAACACCCCAGCUGACACCUUUGUUGUCAAGGUUCAGGCAGACGACAAGGACUCCGGCAUUAACGGAGAGGUGCGAUACGCCUUAAGUAAUUCAGGCACAGACUUGGCCACCUACAACAUGUUCCGUAUUGAUGAAGUUAGUGGAAAUGUAUACACCAGACAGACCCUGACUACCAGGGGAGUCCACAUGAUUCAAGUGGUGGCUACAGACCUAGGAGCACCUGCUCUUAGUUCAACAGGUAUCAUUGAGGUCACCGUCGGGGAUAAUGCAGGCAGCGUCAGUUUAAGGUUCGACCAGACUUCCUACCACGCCACUAUAGAGGAAGGAUCUCCCAAAUACACCUCUGUCACGACGGUCAGAGCCACAUAUGUGGGAUCAGGAAGUGGCCCCAUCACCUAUUCCUUGGUUAACAGUAAAGAUCAGCAGGUCUUCUCCCUGGAUUCCUCGACUGGGAGGGUCACAGUUAACAACGGAGCCCUACUGGACUUCGAGGUGGCCCAGGAGGUGCAUGUGAUGGUGGUGGCUUCCAGUGGGAGCCUCUCUACCUACACUCAGGUGGUGGUCCAGUUAACAGACAAAAAUGAUAAUGCACCCAAGUUUGCACAGAAUGUGUACUACUCCUCCACCUGGGAAGGAGAAAAGGGGGACCAUGUCUAUGUUACACAGGUACUAGCAACAGAUGCUGACUCAGGAAUCAAUUCUGACAUCACGUACAACAUCAUCGGGGGUAAUGAGGGUUAUACCUUCCAAAUCCACCCUCCCCACAGUGGCAUUGUGGUCACCACGCUUCCUCUGGAUUAUGAGAUUCAGAAUUUCUACAGCCUGACUAUAGAGGCCGUGGAUCAGGGGAGACCCUCUCAGAGCAGUACCUGUACACUCAAUAUAGACGUGGUGGAUAUCAAUGAUCAGUAUCCAACCUUCCCCGAACCUCAACCUGUCAAUCUCAGUGAAGCUGCAGACAUUGGUUCUCUGGUGAGAUUGGUAACAGCCAAUGACAGAGACAGAAACCCUACUCUGCUCUAUGACUUCACACCAAAUGGUAACCCUGGAAACACCUUUGCCAUCGAUAGAUUCAGUGGAAGAGUUACUCUAGCCAAGCCACUGGAUCAUGAAAUUCAAAGGAAUUAUGCUGUUGGCUUAACUGUGAAUGAUACUAAGUAUUCAGCCCAGACCACCCUAAAUGUAAAUGUUAAAGAUGAAAAUGACAAUCAUCCAGUCUUCUUGCAGCAAAGUUAUAAGGCUGAUAUUCUGGAGUUCACAGGAUCAGGGGUGAAGAUUUUGACUGUUAAUGCUACAGAUGCUGACACAGGGGUCAAUGCUGUCAUUACUUAUAAUCUGAUCGUUAAUCCAACUGGGGGAUUUUAUAUAGAUCCUAAUACAGGAGAGAUUUACACAAACAAGACUGUUGAACUUCGACAAGAUCAGCAGGUGUUGACUUUGGUGGUGACAGCACAAGACGGGGGUACUCCAAGACUGUCAGCGGUGGUAGCCAUUAAUCUACAGAUCAUUCCUGUCAACCAGUAUGCUCCAGAGUUUCCUCCACAACAAACUAAAUUUUCUUUCGCUGAGGACAUCAAGAAAGGUGAAAAUCUCUGGAGCGUAACAGCUUCUGACCGGGACAUGAAACAGGAAGUCUACUACAGCAUUAGGGCAGGGAACCAGGCAAACUCUUUCGGAAUUGAUCGGCAGUCAGGACUAGUUUUCUUGAAUGAAAAUCUUGAUAGAGAGUCAAUGCCAUCUUACUCUCUCAUCAUUGAGGCCUCAGACAACGGAAACCCAGUGAAAAAGAACACCAUUGGAGUAUCCGUGGAAGUUAUCGAUGUUAACGAUCAGAGCCCAGUGUUCAAGCCAACUGAAUAUUUCAAGGAAUUACCUGAGAAUAUGGCACACUCCAAUUCCUUCCUACAGGUGCUUGCCACAGAUUCUGAUGCUGGGAUUAAUGCUGAAAUUCAGUACACAAUUACAUCAGGAAAUGAUCAAGGUCUGUUCAUAGUGCAUGGAAAAACUGGUGUUGUUUCGAUAACUCCAAACGCAACUCUGGAUUAUGAGAACACUCAACAACAUAAACUGAUCGUGAGAGCCACAGACUGUUUGGGUUGUGACAGCUCACAAAUGAAAUUCUCAGCUUUUGCAACAAUAGUCAUAAAUGUGACAGAUGUCAAUGAAUAUCCUCCUCUGUUCCCUGUGCCGUUUUAUUAUGCCAGCGUCAAUGAGGGACCUAGAGAUACCAAAGUAUUCCAGGCGCAUGCCAACGACAAAGAUGGUGGGAAAUACGGAGUUCUGUCCUACAGAAUUCAGAAUACUAAUGUUUUCCGAAUCGAUUCCAUCACAGGAUGGGUGUAUACAAACAUGGAUAUUGAUUAUGAGAAUCUUCCUUACCUCUCGGCUCCAGGAGAGCACCAGUACAAGUUUGACCUCACUGUGACAGACCUGGAUGGUUUGGAGGACACUAAACCUGUUAUUGUCACCAUCAACGAUGUCGAUGAAUUUUCUCCAGUGUUCACAAAAAAUAAGUAUGCAUUUGAUGUACCUGGAAAUGCUAAAAAAGGUCAUAUCAUUGGAAAAGUCGGUGCAACCGAUGACGAUGGAGGACUCGCUGGAAUGGUUUUCUAUGUCAUCAAAAGUCCUGUAGAUUACUUUGAUGUAAACAUAACCACUGGUGAGGUGUAUGUGUCCCAUGACUUCCAUUCUGAUAUUAGGAGCAAGCGGGAUACGUUUUCGCGUCAGAAGCGAGCCUUGGAUAAAAAUUUCAUCACUCUGAUCAUUACGGCCACCAAUGGAGCUGAAGACUUGCGAGCCUCUACAGCCAUAGUGGAGGUGUCUGUCGACACGGAAUGUGCUGGGUGUGCUCUUCCACAGCCUCUAACUCAGGAGGACUCAGUGAACACCACAAUAAUCGCUAUAGUGGUAGUGUUUGUGUUGGUGGCCAUCAUUCUCGUUGUCAUUAUUGUGAUCAUUGUGAUAAGAUUCAGGAAAAGGAAGGCCCCCACUGUGGUUUAUGAAACAGAAUACCCCCAUCAGUUUGAUUUCCCAGUGGCCAGCGAUGAUGGAUCACCACCUGCUUAUGAUGAGAAGUACAGGAACCACCCCAUUACACCAGAUAUCUCUGAACGAUCCCAUCACUCUCAGUCCAGUGGUCGCGGUUCAGUGGAGGCUGACGAAGAUGAGGAAAUCAUGAUGAUUAACUCACAUUCCUCAGUCUUAAAUAACUCUGCUGGAUUCCGAAGUAAAAACAUGCCAGAUUCUGGAAUUCAGGAUGAUGACAAUAUGUCUGAACCUUCCGUUCAGAAUUCAAAAGACUACCUAGCACGGCUAGGAAUAGAACCUGUGCAUACCCAGAUAAAGACUCAAAAUAUUAUGCAAUCUGUGGAGAGCAUGCAUCAGUUUACAGAAGAGGGGGGUGGGGAGGAUGUGGAGUAUAACAAUGACUCUAGUGCAGAUAUCGUGAUAUCUGACAGCAAUAAUGACUUAGGGUUCCACGAGCCCGACGUACAGCAGCAUGUGGGGGCCCUCUCCAGUGUGAUAAACAGUGAGGAGGAAUAUAGUGGGUCCUAUAACUGGGACUAUUUAUUAGACUGGGGUCCACAAUAUCAACCCCUAGCCCAUGUGUUCACAGAAAUCGCCCGAUUAAAGGACGAUAAGCAAACACCCAAAAAGCAACCUGUGAAAACUGUGCCACAAAGAAAGACUACCAUUAAUUUAAAUCCCCAAGUGAAAAUGGACCCACCCCCAAUCAUAACUAAUGCUCCCCCUAAAUCAGUGCAGCAAAGUCAGGGGAGCAAACACUCCUCACGAACAAAUAGUACAAUGAAUGUGUCCUCUCUCCCCAGUUUACCCCGAUCCCCGAUCAGUUACGAGUCAAGCUUUACGUCCCCCGCCAUCACUCCCUCUUAUACCCCCUCCCUCACCCCCCUGGCCACUCGCAGCCCUUCCAUAUCUCCGUAUGGGUCAGGUCAUAAUACACCAAACAGACAACGAACCAAUGGUCACAUGCAGAGAAUGGCUUUAUCAUCAGAGUCAGAACAAGAGCUCAGGAUAUAACUAGGUCAAACUUAAGACUAUUUGAAUGCAUUCUGAUGAACUUGUGAUGUCUGUAGUAGUAUUCAUGUAAUAUUUCUUUUAUUGAGAUGAUAUAUAUUUUUAAAAUCAAUUUGUUUUUAAAUGUGACACAAAGAUGCAUGUGUGUUUUAGUUGUCUUGUUUUUAACUCAUAAGAAACUUUCUUUUCUCUACUCAAAACAUUUCCACAUGUGAGAAUGGUAUGGUAGAAAAAAAACAAAUUUUAUCAUUGCAACUACUUUUAAGUUUAUUUUUAUAGUAUUUUUUUUAAUGGUAAAAUAAGUCGUAUUUGUGUGAAAUAAUACCUGACUUCUGACAUUAGGUUGUGCGUUAGUGCUCGUGAGAAGCUUUUUAUGUCACUGUUAUGUCUGAUAUUAUGUUUUUAUAUAUGCAAUAUAAAGGGGGACCAGAGUCCUUGAGACUUUAAAUUUAUGUAUUUUUGUGGAAAAUUGACGUAAGUCACAUGACCCUUUUUACAAACCAUAUUUUAUAGACUUUUAUCGACAGUUGAUGCUGACUUUUACGUACAUGUACUUGUUAUUAAGUGCCAAUGUCAUAUACAUGUGCAUUUUUAAUGAUAUGCAUUUAAUUCUUAAAUUAAAUCUUAAUGCUCAUGAUUUUUUUUAAACGAUCUAUUUGGUACUUACAAAUGUGUACAAAGUUGUACCAUUUUGUAUAUUUCACAUCACUAGAAUUUCUGUAGCUUAGAAUUAGAAUUUCUUACAUUUGUGCCAUCAUAAUAAAAUAUGCAUAUUUUUCUACAGUUGUAAAGUAACCAAUCAAAAAGUUUAAAUAUGAAACAUUUUUUCAUCAGGGGUCAGUUGGUCUUUGUCUCAUUUAUAGUUAUAUGUAAAAUAUAGAUGAAUCAAAUUUAUUUAUACCAAAUAAAGAAAUUCAAACCGUGA